AUGGUAGGGAUCAAGCCUUUCCUCAAUCAAAAAUGUUUGCCGAAAAGCCUUGAUCCAAAGAAAGUAAAGGGGAAGAUCUUGAUUUGUUAUGUUGGGGAUGGAAGUUCACCCCUUGAAAAGGGUCACCAAGCUUUUAUUGCGGGUGCUGUAGGAGUGGUUCUAAUUAAUGAUAUCUUGCUUAAUGACAAUGAUCCCGAUCCUCAUCUUCUUCCUUCAUCUCAUCUCAAUGGCACUCAAGGAAAAUUUGUAUACGAGUAUCUCAACAGUACUAGAAACCCUAAAGCUUACAUAACUCGGACAAAAACUGAAGUAGAAGUAAAGCCAUCCCCAAUCAUGGCUUCAUUUUCAUCCAGAGGACCUAAUGUCAUUGAGCCAGCUUUGCUCAAGCCGGAUGUCACAGCACCAGGAGUGAAUAUUCUUGCAGCGUUUCCUGAAGCUUUCGGCCCAAGUGAUCAACUACCAUUUGAUAAACGUCGGGUCCAAUUUAACAUAAUGUCAGGAACUUCAAUGGCAUGUCCUCAUGUUUCAGGGAUUGUUGGUCUUCUCAAAACCCUUCACCCAAAUUGGAGUCCUGCCAUCAUUCAUUCGGCGAUCAUGACAACAGCUAGAAUACAAGAUAGCAACAAGGGACCACUGUUGGACUGGAAUAGAAAAAAAGCAACACCUUUUCAAUAUGGUUCAGGCCAUAUCCAACCAAAUCGAGCAAUGGACCCUGGGCUUGUCUAUGACACAACUAUUGAUGAUUAUUUAAACUUUUUAUGUGCUCACGGCUAUGAUGAAACAAUGCUGAAAACAUUUACCAAGAAGCCAUAUAAAUGCCCCACCUCAUUCAAUAUAGCCAACUUCAACUACCCUUCGAUUGUGAUUACCAAUCUUAGUUCACCGUCUGUGAUAGUUACUAGAAUAAUUAAGAAUGUUGGUGCCCCAGGCACUUACAAGGCUUAUGUAAGGGCCCCAAUUGGAGUUUCUAUAUAUGUUAAACCUACCAGCUUGACUUUUGGCAAAAUUGGUGAGGAAAAGAAAUUUGAGAUUAUUUUGAAGCCAAAGGUUGCCAAGAAGACUGAAGACUAUGUGUUUGGACAACUUAAAUGGUCAGAUGGGAAACACUAUGUCCGGAGUCCUAUAGUAGUCAAGUACUAG